AGCAGCCAAGCGUCCGUUGCCAUGGGUACCGCGAGGCAGCGGGGAGAAAGAGACACGAAUGACAAGGCUAGAUGCUAGCUAUCAAAAGUUUACUCAACGAACAAGUUGCUUUUGUAUAAAUUGUAUUAAUGUCACAGUUUAGGGAAAAUUUUGCCUUUCUUGUCUCCCUGCGUGACACCAAUUUACUUUAGCUAAAACAACUUGCUCAGCUGCCGAGUUGACUAACUAGCUAGGCUACAACUAACUAACGUUACCUUAGCUAGCCUAACAUUGGCAUUGACAUGGCAAGUCUAGGCAAAUCCACUGGCAAAACUCCCAAAAAGGAGGCGAGACCUCGGACCCCGCCAGAGAAGAAACGUCUGAAAGUGUCAGAGGAUUUCUCCUCGUGUCUGAGUGAAGAGCAGCCUCAGAGCCCCACUCUUAAAGGAGAGGACAUCCAGGCCCUGGCCAUCAGACCUGAGGACCUGGAGAAGUUGCGGGUGCCCCAGCCCCCUAAAGAACCCCAGAAACCUGCAGCUGUGACCCGCGUGCUGGUGCGUAAGACCCGCCCACCUGAUGACAUCAGAAAGGGGGUGAGGGUAGCGGUGGCCCGCGCCCUGGCCCAGGACACCACCACACAGCCACUGGACUACACAGGACCGGGGGGACCUCGCUUCGAUGCCCAAGGGAUGGUCCUCCCCCACAGCAUUCUGGGUAGUCUGGAGGACUUCAGGACAGAGAUGCAGGCCAGGGGAGAGACUGAGCUGGUGAGGAGGGUGCCAGCCCCUCAAAGCGCCGUCUCCCAGGUGUUGAUAGGUGCAGAGAGACCCCCUCCAGUCCCCAGGGGUCAGAGAGACGUCCAGAGCCACGCCCUGCAGCACUGGCACACACACAUGACCCACAGACGACACCAGCAGGACCUUAUCUCCAACCUGCUCCAGAAGCCAGUAGAGAGGCUGUUGAUGAACCAGUCCAACCGUUUCAGAGAGACUCAGGAGCAGAGAGAACUGAUCACCCGAGGCCUGCCAGCCAUACACUCUGGACAGGGUUACCGUGUAGGCAGUGAGUUCUGGAGCCUCCCUCAGAGGUUUGGUGAUGAGCUGAGUGGUAUCUCAUCCACCCUGACCCAGACACAGAGAGGACAGCAGGAACCUGUCACACACAUCGCACAGCCACACAGCAUCCGCAUGGAGUCAGGUAAUGUUCUCCCAGAGACAUGUGGUUCAGCUAGCAGGACCUGGGACCAGAGUCUCUACCUGCAGCACCGACGACAUGAGCUCAGAGAUGUUCUCAAAGACCUGGACUUCAACCAGCCUGAGAUAGAUGGCUUGGAGGUGAUUGGCUCAGGCCAGCCCUUCACCUCUGUCACUGUGAAGCAGAGCCCCCUAUUGGAGGAGGAGGAGAGGGAGGAGCUUAGGGAGGUGGAGCAGAAGGAAAACCAUGACCCCCUGUCGCAGUUUGAUGAUGUCAUGCUGGACGCGGUGCUGGUGCCUGCCCUGAGGUUCUGUGGGCAGCCCGCCCGUUGGACAGGCAACUCCACCUCUCACAAGGGGGAGGUGGGUAUCAGCGCCAGGGUAACGUUUGAGGCCCUGUCAGGAGAGAGAGCCCGUUCAGACAUGGAGGUGCAGAACGAGGGCAGUACAGCAGUCUACUACAGCUGGCAGCGCCUGGCUGUACCACAUAGCUUCCCUGACGCCAGGACACAUACACACACACAGCACUUCUACUUCAACACCUCCACAGGUGUGAUUCUACCAGGUGACAGCAAGCGUGUAGAGUUAAUAUUUAAGUCGGAGGUCCCAGGCAUCAGGACAGAGGUGUGGCGUCUCAACACACACCCUGUCCUGCUGGGCGGAGCCUCCAUCCAGGUGACACUGAGGGGUGUGGCUCUUUACCAGGACAAGACCGCUGACCAGAGACACGCUCUGGAGAGAGAUGAACCCAAAGGUCCACUACACCUGAAGGCGGAUGAACCCAAAGGUCCACUACACCUGAAGGUCCCACCAGAUGAACCCCGAGGAAGAACACUCAGACAGAUGAACCCCAAGGUCCACUACACAGUUCCACACAGCCAGCAUCAUCACUCUGAAUGUCCAUUCUCUCAGUUCCACACAGCCAGCAUCAUCACUCUGAACGUCCAUUCUCUGUUCCACACAGCCAGCAUCAUCACUCUGAAUGUCCAUUCUCUCAGUUCCACACAGCCAGCAUCAUCACUCUGA